UAGGUUUGUUUAUGUAACUUAUCACAUUGAGUCCCUCUUAAGUUUGCUUCUUCUGGGUUCUUCUUGUUCUUGGUAUUACUUGCUUUCCUCUCCUUGGGAUUUUCGCAACUAACACUCUCUUUUCUUGUUCCUCUUCUUCUUCUAUGUAUACCACAAAUGAUUAGACUCUCAUACAGUGGCCUAACUUUUUAUCCUAUAUAACUAGUCCCACAUGCAUCCACCACUGUCACACACUUUCAUUUCUCUGAUCUGCCUCUCUCAUCUCUGAUAUUUACAACUUUCUCUCUCUCUCUCUCUCUCUGUCUCUCUCAUGGCGGAGAUUGAUCACUAUCCUACAAAGCCAAGUACCAACAGUACUACCACAGCUCUAAAGCUUUUUGGCUUCAACAUUCAGAACGUUUCAGAAGAAAAUGACACAGAUUCAAGCAAAUCUCCAUCUGGGUCACAAGAAUCCGAGGCUUUCCUAUCCAACAAUAUUGAAGGCAGAAAAUACGAGUGCCAAUACUGUUGCCGUGAGUUCGCCAACUCACAAGCAUUGGGUGGGCAUCAAAACGCUCACAAGAAAGAGAGACAGCUAAUAAAGCGUGCACAGUUACAAGCUAGUCGAAACCUACAGGCUAUGGCUGCAACUUCACACCUCCAAAACCCAAUGAUAUCAGCCUUUUCACCACCACCACAGCUGUUUGCUCAGGCACCACUGCCUCACUCUCACUCACCUUCAUGGUUUCUCAUGUCUCAUGCAGCUGCAGGAACAGGCAAUUCUACUACUACUCCUACUCCUUUUGCCCUUCCAAAUGGUGGUGUAUAUGCCAACACAGUGCCUGGAAGGCGUGUCUAUGCUGCAGGAGGAGUUGAGGAGUCUAUGAUGGCAGUUUUGUCUCAUGGGGUUGGAAACCGUGGUGGAGUUGCGCAGGGAUUUGGUGGAGAUGGUAUUGGUGGAGGAGGGUCUCACUUUGAUAAGGGUUUGAGUUUGGAUUUGCAUCUCAGUCUUGGGCCUGCUGGUCCAUGAUUUGGGCUUGAGUAGUCAAGCUCAAUCAGAUUUGUUCUUGAGAGAAACUUGUGAGAGGUUAGGAACUUGGGGCAUGUAAUUUUCCAAUUUUCCGACUUUCAUGAGUGAAGCAAUUUCCAUGUACAUUGUACCCAAA